AUGGUUAACCGCUCUUUCUACGUGUCGUCUUGGCCAGUCUUCAGGCACGCCGUUUUCGACAAGCCGUUCAAGUUCACCCCCGACAGCCUGAACCACCUAGAGCAGGCUGCUCACCAUGAGCGACUCGGCCCUCUUACGAAAACCGUCAUGUUUGUCACCGUUCAACCACACAAGUCGGUACUGGCAGAUCUGUCAACGAUUCGCGAAAGGCCACCCUACGUGACGGAGAACCAUCCCAGUUAUUUUGAGGAAGUGUACCAAGCCUACUCCAGGUACACACUCGCAUUCAGAAAGAAGGACAGCCUGACUUCGCGCGUUACGGCAGUCCUUUCCCAGCUCCCCGCAAUCGCCAAUAUCAAACUGGUUCCGACGUGGUGUCGGCUCCCGCUUAUGGGAGACAAGUACUUGGAGCACUGUUUCGCCACCGAGUUCAAGAAGCCUCCAGAGUUCAGGGCGAGGUCAACCAACAUCAUCCUGAAGGUUCUCAAGGACCUCUUUGACCGGGCGCUUACAACCCUUGAGCUUCCCCCCAUGCGUCUGGACCGGGGCCCUUUCCGGGACUUGCACAAGUUGAAUCCGAUGAGGGUUUCCAAUCUCAAGCUCGACCUUUGCUUCGACAGGACGCGUGACCCCAGGCACAGGCACUACGAACAAAAAAUGCGGGAUUUCUUGAUGCUCUUCCCGGAUUUGAAGAACCUGCGGUUCUGGCUCCACUACUCAGACAAAAGGAGCACUCUGCCAGAGUAUCCGUGGUUUUGCCAGCCAGCUCUACGGGCCGCCAGAUCAAGUUCCCUGUCACUGGAAGAGUUGACCCUGGUCUGCUAUCCAUGCCCGCUGUUAUCCUCGGUACCAGACAUCUGCGAGCUUCUUCGGAGCCUGUCAAAGACUCUACGGCACCUGAAGCUGUCCCUCAGGAUGUUGUCUACCAGAUGGCACACGUUGUUCACUACUAUCAAGCAAUACUUGGAACUGGAAACUCUUUACAUCGAAGCGCCGCGUCAUAUACGUGUGCAGUCUUCCAACAGCGUUCCCAUUCACAGUAUUAUGAACCACAUGGAAGGGCCGCCUUUGGCAGACCGGGUCUACGUUGCUUCUAGUGCCAGCAGCCGGACCGACGUAGAUGUUAUGGAUUCGCCAGGUCUUUUCACCGAUGUCGCCAAGCGUGCAGACUACGAGCUGUGGAACGGACGUUCCCCUCGUAACCGCGAGGUCUGGGAUCCGCAACUUCUUCAGAUCAGGCCUCCCAAUUCGACGGUCGGAUCCGGUCGGUCAGUCCGUUUGAUUAUGUAA